GCCACAACAAACCAUUUUCUCGCGAAACAACAUUUGGAAAAAUUUCUAUAAAAAAAAAAAUUCGAAAACCAAAAAAUUGUGUAAAAGUUAAAGAGUUAAAGAAGUUAAACAAAUCCAUAAUUAAAUUAUAUGAUCUUAAGUUCAAAAGAUUGCAACUAGAUAUGGACGCGGACACCUUCAGAGAAUUCGGUAAAGCUGCUGUGGACUUUAUAGCCGAUUAUUAUGAGAAUUUACGCAAUUGCGAUGUUCUACCUUCUGUAGCGCCAGGCUAUUUGAUCAAACAGCUACCGAAAGAGCUGCCAGAAAAUCCAGAACAAUGGCAGGAAAUUCUGCAAGAUGUUAGUAAGCUCAUCGUACCCGGCUUAACUCAUUGGCAAUCACCGAAUUUUCAUGCAUACUACUCAAUUGGCUGCUCGUACCCAUCCAUUGUCGGAGAUAUGCUUGCCAACGGCUUUGGUGUGAUGGGCUUUAAUUGGAUAAGUAGCCCCGCUUCCACCGAGUUAGAAAUGGUUGUCAUGGACUGGUUGGCGAAAUUCUUCAAACUGCCAGCACAUUUCCUACACUCGACCAAAGGACCUGGUGGCGGAAUUAUACAAGGUUCAGCCAGUGAGGCUAUACUGAUCGCUGUGAUGGUGGCGCGUGAACAAGCGGUGCGACGCGUGAAGGCCGCCCAACCACAUCUGAGCGAGGGUGAGAUACGCGCACGUCUUGUCGGCUACUCCAGCGAUCAGAGUAAUUGUUGCGUAGAAAAAGCGGGCAUUUUGGGCGCAUUGCCGAUAGGUCUAGUUGCCGUCGAUGAGUCUCUGGUAUUUAACGGCACACAAUUAGCCAAAGCAGUGAAAGAGGACCUGGCGAAGGGGCUCAUACCUGCAAUUUGCAUUGCUACAAUGGGCGCCACAGAUACAUGCUCGUAUGAUGACAUUGUGUCGUUGGCGACCGUCUGUGAGGAGCAUAACAUAUGGUUGCAUGUGGACGCUGCUUACGCGGGCUGCGUAUUAGCAUUGGAUGAGUAUGCGCAUCUGCGGCAAGGACUCGAUCGCGUCGAUUCGCUAAACUACAAUCCACACAAGACAUUGCCUAUCAAUUUUGAAUGCUCGGCUAUGUGGUUGCGUGACUCACAUAAGAUUGUCGAGAGUUUCACUGUAAAACGCAUGUACUUGCAACAUAAGUACGAAGGUGUAACCGAUAUACCAGAGUUUCGUCAUUGGCAAAUACCGUUGGGACGUCGCUUUCGUGCACUCAAGGUUUGGAUAACUUUCCGUACUCUUGGCGCUGAAGGUUUGCGUGAAUAUAUUCGCCUUCGUAUACGUCUGGCCGAGCGUUUCGAGCAGUAUGUGCUAGCCGAUUCGCGUUUCGAGCUAUUCGCCAAACGUUCCAUGGGUCUGGUCUGUUUUAGAGUGAAGGAUAGUAAUGACUUAUCUACAGAGCUUUUGAAGCGUCUAACAGAUCACAAAAAGAUCUAUAUGGUGCAAGCGAUAUUUCAGGGAAAGACUUUCCUACGUUUUGUCGUCUGUGGUGUGGAACCGAAGGAAUGUGAUAUAGACUUUGCUUGGCAAGAAAUUGAUUCACAACUGAGCCAGCUGCUGAGUGAGCAGGAGGUAAUGAAGCUUACAGUAAAUUCGAAGGAAGAAAAGAAAGCAGAAGAGAGUCACAAGAAGAUCGUAAAAGUACAUUAAUUGCACCACAAAGAUGACGUGGUAAAGUCUACAUCUAAAUUUAGGUGGCGCGGAGAAAAGUUAAUGAAAUUUCAAAUAUAUGAACAUAACCUUAUAUUUAUAUGCCAAUUUGGCUAAACUAUUUAACCAAAU